GUAUGUUCAAACCAGUUUUGUCAGGAGCCUUCGAAGUGCAUAAACCAGUAAAUGUUGGCUGACUGCGUUUGCUUGAAAACUCAUUUGUUUAUUACUGUAUUACGGCAAAGGGUGAAAAUUCGGCCGUGGGUAGUUUUCCUACACUGAAUUUAGUUGUAACCCUUCGCCUACUGUCUUCCCCAUUUACAGUACACAGUUCAUGACAGUUUAGGCUGAAUUCUGUGCGAAUAUCAACAUUGAAAUUGACAUACAACGCCGUGGAACAAAAUGCUCGGCUUUUUGCCCUUGCGAUCGAAAUUUCAGGGAGUUCAUAUAAAUAGCAGAAAUUCUGUGUCGAAAAUAAGAACACUUUGUAGGAAGUUUGAUUCCAGAUUCCUUUCUACUGGUCAACUCUCUUCAAAUUCCCAGGACUCAAGGUAAGAAUGAGAAUAUAUAUGUAUAUUUUUUCUCUCCGUUCAUAGAACCUAAUGUUAGUGUUUUAGUUCAUAUUAUCGGUACAGUUGUUUGAAAUAUAGAUCUUUUUGGACUAAACUCCGCCAAGUUUUUUAAGUGUCUAUAAAUUAUACCCGUUAGAUUUGAGGUCUUAGAAAAAAACUGUGAAUAGUAAAUUUUUUCCAACAUUCGAAGCAAAAUACUUUUAUGUUUAAAACUGAAAGAUCUACUGAUCUCGAUGACUUUUCCAACGUUUCUAUACAAUUCUAUGCUAAAUUCCACACGGGUUUUGACUAAAGAUAAGCUCGACAUAACGAUCUCGUCAACCAGUUUCAUAUCUCAAAUCUGGCUUUACUCUAGACAGUUAAACUUUGUCUUUGUGUGUUUUUUUUUGCAUACCAAAUUUUAUAACAAUAUUAUUUGUCUUCGGGCUCAGUUUUUUGUCAAACAAACUAAGACACAUCACGCGCGAUCUCGGUUUUACUCCACCUUCAAGCUACUCCGAGAAGGUCUAUCAUUUUUUUGGUACAAUUGUCCCUUUUCAAUUUCAUUCACAGCUGGUUUUCCUUGCAGAAUAAAUGCAAAAGACAUGGGCAGUUUUCCGUGACAAGGAAACAAAACCAUUUUUUUCAACUCUGCUAUAAAGGCAAUUCUGCACGGGAAUUCGUCGUAUAUAAUGUAAUUUAAACAGCUGAAUGUCUUGGUCCUUAAUUUCUUUUACUCUAAAGAGCGGCCCAACUUUAAUCCCCGAAAAGGACUGUAAUACAUUGCGUGACAGUGUUUUGCUUUCAUGGAUGGCAGGACACAAACACAACGCAUUUCAGCUGACGUAAUACUGUUUAUAAACAAACCCAUUCACAUACCCGAAAGGCCAAUAAAAUGGCUAUAUUUGUCUUGACCCUUCAAUUAAGUCGAAAAUGAGACACCAGUAAACCGGCCUUGCCUGUUUAACGGGAUCGUGGGACACUGAUGUACGUGAUGUUGUCUAAAACUCUUGAAUUUUACUCAACGCUCGUCGCCUUGCACGAAAUGUCAUUUUUAGAAACCAUUUGGUGCCCAGACGAAGUUUUUGCUCCGUGUCAACUGUCCGCAAACCUCGUAUUUUCCAAAAACGUCUGAUGAAUACAGCAAUCUCACUUUACAAAAUCUGAAAAAAGGGACUGCACUAGAUUGUUAAGAGAUCCGCUUGACUUAACCCUUUAAGUCCCAAUAGUGAUCAACAUCAAUUUUCUCGCAACAAUAUCCAUACAAUGUCAAAAGAUAAGGUUGUGAGAAUUAACAAAAUGAUCGCAUAAGGGAAAAUGUUUUGAUCUUUAUCAAAAUAUCUCAAUUCAUUCAUGAAAGAAAUGUGUAGAGAUCAGUUUGGAGAAUUUGUAUGUGGAUAUUGGGGCUUAAAGGGUUAAGACAUGUAAAAGAACAUGUCUGCUAACCAGAGGAACUGGGAACGAGGUUCGUUUGCACGGUUUGCACGCAGGCUCAACACGCAGUUUCACGUGAAAAUCCGGGCACCUGAGAGACAGCUUGCACCCCGCGAGUUUUUGAAGUGAUGUAAAAUAAGAUGAGAAUAGCGCGACAUUUCUCUUUCGCAAAUCGAAAUUGUUUCGUAAUAAGAGUUAGACAUUACGUGGCGUUUUCGGGAGCACCCAAUCAAUGGGCACUGUCGACACAAUCAAUAGGCCCCAGGCCAUACUGGUUUCCCUCUUUUAAAAACCCUAGGGUGAAGUCGCAACGGACGUAGAUCGGGAAUUACCAUAUUCCUCUGUGUAUGAACAAAGUGGGCUAGAAGCAUGCUGGCAGUAUCCUUUAUGAUCACUCCGAAAAGAUGAUAAUUCAGAGGGUUUUUUUUAUUUGUUGCAGCCAUAAACCGCUGAAUAAGCGUCUUAGAGAGGAUGCAGAAGUGGUUGUUAUUGGCGGUGGAGCCUUGGGUACUAGUAUUACCUAUCACCUGGCAAAAGGUGGAAUGAAAGAUGUGGUUUUACUUGAGAAGUCAGAGCUCACAGCCGGCUCAACUUGGCACUCGGUAGGCUAUUUUAACACCAGCGAUAAAUGGACUCUUAUCGGCAUAGGAGAAUUCAAUUGAAUGGCAACACCAUAGGUUUUCAACCGCACUCUCAAAAGUUAGAACCAACCUUCUCAAACUGAUCAAUAAUUCAUAAAGAAAAUACAGAGGAAUGUGUAAUGAGUGUAUGGAAAUCAGAUGAAAAACUGCUCAUUUCUGCAUCCUUAAUUUCUUCUUCUAAAAUCAUUUUGUUUCAGAAGUGAUAUCAAGUACAAGCACUCUGCUGCGCGUCGUAUUUUCAACUCUCUUCUCGGUGUUUCUUCUGGUGAUGAAACACUGAAUCUUAUGCUUGAUGUAAUACCUGAAGCACAAGACGGCAAGGAAGUUCCCCUUCCACUCUUUAAUCAUUUUUUUUGAGUCUCUCUAAGACGUACAUUUAGAGCAGGUCCCCACGGCGUGUGUACAGAGGGCGGGUGGGAUUGCACCACAUUCAAAUUUCACUUCAUCCUGUUGCUGAUCAGAAGGUGGACGAAAAGCUGUACUCUCACUCAAUCUUUCCUUUCUGUUCUGAUCGGGUUACUAGUAUUCUCAUCGUCAAUUGAGUUUCCGUUUUUCUUUCAGCUCGGCGUUACUUCGCAUUACAAUCCAGUUGUGAACAUAAAGCCAUUAACACACUAUAGCAUGUUGUUAUACAAGCAACUUCCACAGGAAACUGGUCAGGUGAGUUCGGGGGGUGAGGGGGGGGGAUUAUUCCUUAUAUUUGCCUUGCCUUAUAGGUAUGUGCCGCCCCAAAGGGUGUGGUUUUUGCACCGUUUUGGUCUGAGAACGGAUAUAGACUUUACCCAUUUUAGUCUGAAUUCUGGUAAGGUUUCCGGGGGAACUACGGGAGUUUAUAAACGUGUUUGUCUUUUCAAUUCGAAAUGAAUAAGAAAGAAGAGUAAUAUGCCAAUUCGAAAUGGAUUAAUCUUUUUUUUUGGCAUUCUAAUAAGUAAUAAUGACAUAAUUUCUGCCUACGCCAGGUCUGAAAACGGGUAUGGAUUUUAGAGGCCUGGUCUGAAAACGGGUGUGAAAAACGACAAUCUUUUGGUCUGAAAUAGGAUCGGGAUUUGGAGAACCAAACAAAUUCGCAGGAAUACCCCUGGGGGAAUAUACACCUGUUUAUGGUUAGUUUUCUUGCAAUAUCCUCGAUUUCAGGAGGUUCUAAAAAGUUGCAUCCCUUCCACCAAGGGCUAGCAUAACCCAAUUCAAGCUUCUUUGACUACUUUGUCUCAACGAACGUGAUGCGAAUGCGUCAGAAUCCUGCAGUUGUUUCCUUCUUCACUUUCACAUCACGGAGGAUUUUGUGAAUUAUUUUUCUCUUUUUGUGUAUCUUUUUUUUUCGGUUGUUAGGACGUAGGGUUUCAUAUGUGUGGCAGUAUAAGAAUAUGCACAACUCCUGAAAGACUUGACGAGGCAAAGUAUCAAAUGCAGAGGCAUGGCUGGAUGAAGUCACCACAGAGGAUAAUUACAACAGAAGAGGUCACCAAGGUUCAUCCGCUUCUCAAUGUAGAUGAUGUACUUGGAGCUUUGUACUUUCCUGGUAAGGAAUCAUUAAGUAGCAUAGACGCUCUUUUUCUCUUUCAUUGGUUACACGGCUAUGUGGGUCGCGCUUUUCGAUGCUGUGGGGGGUUUUGACGUGGAGACGACACAUGACGGUCUCUUUCGGGUCUCUCUUGCAGUUUCCUGUUUGGCCUCUCGCUUUUGCCUUCUCUUCUCUUUAUUUGGCUUGGUGCAAUAGUAAACGUCCAUUGUGGUAUAAUCACAGGCGGCCCAGACUAACGAACUCCCACAGAGUCUAGGUAUAAUCAUAAUCAGACUUAUACGCAAUAAGUUUACUUUUCAUAAAUCGCGUUUUCAGAGGAUGGCUACACUGACCCAUAUUCCUUGGCCCAGGCCCUUGCAAUUGGAGCGCGGAUGUAUGGGGCCAAGAUAUACAUGCCUGCACCAGUCACUGGACUCAAUCUCAGAUCUGAUGGAAGAUGGGAUGUGCUCACCCCACACGGGACGAUCAAAGCAAAACAGGUUGUUAAUGCGGCAGGUAACGGAAAUAGAAAUUAAUAUCAGUUUACUCUUGAUUGGUUCUUAGUUACAGCUAUAACAAUAACAAAUUCUGUUAAAUCAGGAAAACGUCUGUUUAGUUAGGCUUGAACAACACCUUUUAUCUAGAUUGCUCCGAGCGUUUUGAAGAUCUCAUAUGGUUCGAAGUGUCGGAUGAGGCGCGAAAUGGUCCAACUGUCAUUUUAUUUGGGUCAGGUAAUUGGAGAUUCUCCCCAACAGGUCAAGAGUGUUCUUCCAGGACUGUGUGGUUCUGAACAGAACUGUUGUUAAUAUUAAGUGACGUGGGCUCAAACCGUUUACAACUGGGAUGUUCAUUCUGCCCCAGCUCGCAGCUCACGGGUCUACCUUACAGUUAUAUCUUAACUACAACACUAAAACAAGAAUUGCGUACUUAAUCUAAUCUUGUCUAGGAAGUGUUUAGUUGUUUGUAGCAUGUAAAAAUGCAAAACGAUCACUUGAAAUUGAACUUUAUUCGGCAAUAUUGCUUAUCAACAAAUAACUUCCUCCUUUUUUUUUCUCGUGAAGGUUUUUGGGGGCGAGAGAUAGGACGCAUGGUCGGAACCGAGCUUCCCUUGGGCGUGGUAUAUCAUCAGUACUUGGUAACUGGAACAAUUCCUGAAGUAGCCAAUUUAAAGAAAGAACUUCCUUUCAUGAGAGAUUUGGAGGGUUCAGUUUACACUCGCCAGGAGAGACAAGGGAUUGCAGUUGGCGUCUAUGAGAGUGCUGAAAAAAUGAAGAUGCAAGAUGAUUGGUAAGUUUUAGGAGGUUUCACUCUGUCAGCAGAGUCUUGCUGUUGCCUGCUCGAUUUUGGCGUUUGAAGAAAGACUCUGCAUGAAUCAAGUAAGAUUUUUGUUGGUCAUUGCUGGGUCAGAUCUGCUUGGGUCAAAUUCAACUUCGAUACAGGCGUGUAAUUAAUCUCUAUGCCUAUAUUUUCCAGGUGGGAUGUGGUACCCGAGGGUUUCGGGAAGGAAUUAUUCGAAAGUGACUUGAACCGAAUCAGCGAUUACGUGGAAUACUCCAUGAAACGAACACCCGUGCUCGCAAACGCUGAAAUUACAAGUGUUGUAUCAGGUCCCAUUACCUACUCACCCGACGCUAUUCCUCUGGUUGGUCCCGAUGCACGGGUUCCUAAUAUGUGGCUGGCCCUCGGGACGGGUUACGGGAUUGGUUUGGCUGGUAGGUUCAUUCAGACUUUAAUCAUCACCAGAUCCAAAUCCUGCUGCACUAAGUAAUAAAAAUUGACCAUACAGCGUAAAACAGUUUGAAGCUAAGGACAUUCUCGGGCUGUUUUUUCUUUGCUGGUUUCCUCAGUGGUCGAUUUGCGCGCGAUCCACCUUAAGAUUAUUUCCACAUUGGCAAAACAUACCACCAAUUUAUUAAGUAAGGCCUGGACAAAUGUGGAGAGCCCUUAAUCCUUUGAUUACGCAAAGCUCUUGUCGGGUCGUUUAAGCUUUAGUUGCAAAAUAACUUUGAGAUCUUUGCCGCCCAAGAUAAAGCAAAUGGAGCGAAAGUUAUUCUGCGAAGUUAGUUGUCAUGGAAAGCUAAUGUAGCCUGGUGCUUAUCUCAUCUUGUUUUAUACUUGAUAAAAAUUAUUCCAUCUUUAAACUGCAUUUUACAGGUGGUAUCGGCAAAUACUUAUCUGACUGGAUGAUUGAAGGAGAACCGCCUUUCGACCUCAUUGAAUGGGAACCUAAUCGCUAUGGUAACUGGGCCACAAGAGAAUACGUUUUGGCAAAGGUUCGAGAGACGUAUGGUCUGAACAAUGAAAUGAGUCAUCCUAAGGUAGAAAGGUGGGCUGGGCGACCUGCUAGGACGAGUGGUAUCUACAAGGCAAGUCUUAACGGAAAGUUCUUUUUCUCGAACAUGUCGGACUAAAGGAGAUCACAUUUCUAUACAUUCAAUAUUUUUAAACACUUGGUAGUUGACCUCGCUUGUCUACACCGACGAAUACUAGAUAGUUUAACCUUUUUUGCGGUUAGGUAUUCACAGCAAGAAGUUGAAUUUGUUAACAAGGAUUUUCUUUAAUGUCGUUUAACAAAGUUAAACUCAACAUUGUACCACAUGGCAUUCAUUAUAAGUGUGACUUUUCAGAUGCUAACAGACAACAAAUUAACGCAUCAAUUGUAAAGAACGAAAUAAUUCAGACUAAAUCAAAUCGAAAAUAUACGACUGGGUGUACUAUCUGGACGCAACAGUCUACUCUAUGACUAGAAAAACGAACAAACCGUGAACCAGGCAAAUUUUGAAUCAUAUUCCUGGUAAGGAUGAUGAAAAGAAAUCUAGUAAAAAGAGCUUUUAGGCUCUUAAACUUUUAAACUUUUAAAAAAGUUUAGACGAAGCUGCAAAAAGAACUAAAAUUUCUCGGCAACGCCUUUUUGUAUCUUUUUGCAGACGCUGUGUGAGCGUGGCGCGCAGAUGGGCAUGCGCUCUGGUUGGGAGCAGCCCAACUGGUUCGCACUUGAUGGUGAUGAGCCAGGUUAUAAACCCAGUUUUCGACGGACAAACUGGUUCGAGCCCGUUGGUCGAGAAUGUGAUCUGGUCCUGAAUAAAGUUGGCGUUAUAGACCUGUCUCCUUGUGCAAAAAUUGAGGUGACAGGAAAUGGCGCUGGUUCUUUUCUAGAUGUGAUUUUUGCCAAUGAACUACCCAAGGUAAGAUGGUUAUUUUUUAUUGCUGAAAAAAAUAAUAAUUGAAAACACCGAACUUAUGAUGGCUUUGUAUGGUUGGAUUCUAUGGUUCACCUUUUUACCAAAAAUAAGUUAAUUGCGUUCUGUUGGAGGGAAUUCAAAAUACUGAUAUAAUUUCGCCUUGCAACAUUAAUCCUUUACACAAGACAUGUACAUUUUGGGGGUGUGGUUGGUUACUAGGCUCGAUUUCCGCCUUUACUCUUGGUUCCUGUCUUGUUUAGACUGUUCACAGCCCCCUAUUUUGCCGUAAGAUCGUCGAGAUCAAGCGCUUUACUUUGCUUUGCGGGUGGCCGUCUUAGGGCCUGUUUACAUGGAGGAGGGGGACCCCAGGUAGGUGAGGACACCCGCUUUGGUGGGUAACCCGCCUGUCCACAUAAUCUCUCAUUUUAAUUUGAUCACGUUUGCAUGACAGGUGGAGUGACCCGCUGCAUGUUACCUCACCUAUCUGGGGUCCCCCACCCCAUGUAAACAGGCCCUUAAACGAGUGUCAAAUCUACUUAGGGGAACGGGAGAAGAAAAGGAGCCUACACUACAGAGGAUCUGUUCUGUGGAACAAGAUUCCCUCAGAGAUUAGAAAACUGCCUAGUUUAAAUGUUUUUAAAACUUUAAUUCAUGGGAAAGAUUUUUCUAAUACACCAUGACCCAUUGUAACUCUUAUUAUUCAUAAUGUAAGUUCUUGUAUUUUUAACAUUAUAGUCAAUAGUUCCUUAGUCUUUUAGUCUUAGUAUUUUAGUCUAGUUUUAAACACGAUUCCUAGGAAGACCAUGUAAAAUGAUACGAUUUCGUGUAUAAAUAAAGAUUGAUGAUGAUGAUGAUGUUUGGGAGGACGCUUUAGACCCCGACGCCCGCCCACUCGUUACAUAUGAAACCACGAUGGCCGCCCGCAGCGGUAAGCGCUCGGUCCUGACGAUCUUACGAAAAAUAGGGGACUGUAAACAGGUUAGGUCGUAUUGUGCUCAUUACCCAAACAACGGCUGGUCAUCAAACGAUUAAAAUUAUUUCUUGUUAAGGAUUUCCCUGUUAUAGCACAAUUAUUAGAGACCUUUAGAUUCGAAGACGAAAACAACUACGAGUACGAGAUCAGACUGAAAGAUGUUUUAGCGUAUUCUCCAAAAGUAGACACCUCGGAAAGCUUCAUUGUACUUUUGAAUCACCAGAAAAGUUAGCACAGUUAUCUUAAUUGAAGGAGGUCUAGCCCUCUCCCAUUUGCAAAUUGAUAAACCUUCCAAAAUUUUAGUGAUAACUUGUUUUUGCCAGUAGGACAUUCUCGCUUAAACUCGUAGUACAAUGACGACAAACGACGACAGCUGUCGCGUUUUCCCGCCAAAGUGACGCUGGUUCACGAGCGAGCACUACUUAGUAUUGAAAAAAUCUCGUACUCGUUGUCGCUCCCGUCUUAGAAUCCAAAGGUCGCUAUUUGAUUAUCUUCCUUGAGUGUCGAUUUACGAUGAGCCUGCGAGAAAGCUGUCGGGGAAAGUAGCCGAGGAAAUGAGUUCUCUUCUCUUACUGUAUUAUUAGGUGGGGCACACAAACAUAAGCCUUAUGUUGACACCAAAGGGGAAAGUGUACGCGGAAAUGAAUGUCUCUUGCUUGGCGCCAGACCAUUAUUUGUUGGUAACUGGAAGUUCCAGCGAGUUUCACGACCUCAGGUAUAUAUUACUUUGUAUAUCGAAGGCUUCAUCUAGUUUUAUAUUUCCAUUGAGAGUUGUUGUUCCUGGAUUCCAGGGAGUUAUGGGAAGGGGGUAGCCUAUGUAGGCGCUCCUCCGGUUUUGUUUGAGGGGAGUGGGCAGCUGUGCUGGCUAUGAAGAGGCAAGCUCGAAGGAGGUUAGGAGCGGGAAGAUAAACCAAACAAAUAAGAGAUACAGUCGUGUAUUUUUUCCAAGCAAGUUAAGCGUCGAGUAGUUUGUUCAAUAAGAUACAAAACUUGCUUUUUCACAGGUGGCUACUGGAAAAUCAGCGUAAAUUUAAUUAUGAUGUCCAGAUCAAGAAUAUCACUGAUGACGUGGCCUGUCUGGGCAUCACUGGACCUCGAUCACGUGAAGUUCUUUCCAAGCUGACGUCGUCAGAUUUAAGAGAUGAGGCGUUUCCUUAUUUGGCAUUUAAAACCGUUGAAUUGUGUGGACUGUCUGUACAGGCCUGUCGGUUUUCCUUUACUGGUAAGAACAUACAUAUUUCUGUUGUUGCCAUUCAGAUAAAUGCGGACGAUAUUUAAUUAUAUAGACCGGAGAGCUCUUAUUUGAUUUAAUAACUUAACCGGAGACUUAACAAUUCAGUCUUAUCGGGGUCUGAUGCCCUAAAUUCUGCGAAAAUAACAUGCCUGAGUCUUUUUCCAUUUUUUCCCUUUACAUUUGGCUCGAAAUCACUGUGCAGAUCACAUGAAACACUUUAUUUUCUAUUACAGUUUCCUACUUUAUGCCAUAUAAUCAUACCAAGAUAAGCUUAAUCAGUCGUCCAUAUCUAUGCAUCAAGCUAAAUGGUGUUAUUUUAAUUUUGUAGGCGAGUUAGGGUGGGAGUUGUUUCACAACAAAAAUUACACAGCUCAGCUUUACGAAGCCUUGUUAAGGGCCGGUGAGGAUUAUGGGAUCGGUGACUUCGGCACGUACGCAGUAAACUCACUGAGACUAGAGAAAGGUUUCCAUGCCUGGGGAUACGAGGUACAAUACUACUACUAUUAAUAAUGAUAAUGAUGACGAUGGCGAUGUCGAUGAUUAGUAUGAUGAUGAUGAUGAUGAUCUAGUUGUGACGAAAAACAAUGUGUGCCAUGCCCAUUUUUUGUUUACAUCUACCUUUCGAAUUAUUUAUCGUUAUUUUUAUUUAUGUUUGUAUGCAGAUGAACAUGUCAACAAACCCAGUUGAGGCGGAUUUAAUGAGUUACGUAAAAUUGCAGAAGGUAUGCAACAAGACUUAAAGGUUAUUCGUCUCUAUUUCUGUUUAAUGUAGCCCCAGGCGGUACGUUCGUCACAUAACCCAGCUUGUGGCAGCCAACCCAAGCUGAUUUAGUAAUAGUGCGUGGGUAGCCUGCUGAUAGUUGUAUGAGAGAUCGAACCUUGUGGAGUCAGUUUUCUUCACAUUGUUUUCUAGGCGUCCACUGAAAUAUCUUUAUUUCUAUAACAACUUAACUUUAGUCCGUUUGAUCUUGGCAGGGUGUCGACUUUAUUGGACGAGAUGCUCUUCUUCAAAUGAGAAAGGAAGAUUGUAAGCGUCUUUUGUGUUUUUUAACUGUCGAUACAACAGACAAGGACCCUGAAGGCAACGAAACUGUGUGGUUUCAAAAUGAGGUAACGCGAAACAAAGUUUAUAGCGUGCCACCUAAAAGAUGAAAGCUAUAUCAUUUCUCAAAACAGUACCACUGACCAGCCUGAUAACUUAAACUACGAUAGUUAGCCUCAGUGUACGUAGAGACUAGAAAUAAAUAAAAUUUUUAUUCACACGCCCAACUGUGUUAGCCUGAUUCUCAGACGUUCGGUCUCUCCGCUUCUCUCCCGUGGAGAGGGAGAGAAGCGAAGGGGCCGUGAUCGACCUCGGACGUCUGAGAGUCAGACUGCACAGUGUUGGCCUGAUGCGAAAAGACAGACAGUCUUGGCAUGAAUUUCGCAUUUUCUUCUCGGCAUUUUCUCUUGUUACCGCCUUAAGAAAAUAGGACUGACAUUUUGAGUUAAACCGCCAACCCUCAACAGCAAAUAAAAAAUAAUGUAGUGAGCGUUGAAGCUUGGGGCCAUUCAUAAAGUAAUGACUUAACACACUAACGGGUGUAUUUCCUCUUUAGGUUGUAGGAUUUACGUCCAGUGGUUCAUACAGUUACCAGCUUAAGAAGAGCAUAUGUUUCGCCUAUUUGCCAGCUUAUUUGACUACGUUGGGUUCCCAAUUGGAGGUGGAAAUGCUAGGAAGCAAGUACCCCGCAGUUGUCGUCAAACAACCAUUGUUUAAUCCCGAACCGAUACGCGGGCCUUCUUUGUAUCACACCGGCAUGCUUGCCAGCGGGUAAAUGCGCACAUAAUAUGCUGUGAAAGCACAUAUGAUCCAAAAGAGGCUGGCCUGUUAUCAAGGCUUAACUUUUUUUGUUUAAUAUUUCCCAGCUCUCCUAGUCCUCAGGACCCUCCUUCAGAGUCUUAUAAAUGGGUAACUGUAUUAAUAGGCAACGCAAGCACUCAUUCAUUUAACGGAAAUGCCGCGUCAAUAGUCUGUAAGUAUGAGUGCCAAUUUCGGCUUAUCAGUUAGCUGUCUUAACCCUUUCAUCCCCAAUAUUCACAUACAUAUUCUCCAACUGGAUAUCCUUACAUUUUCUUAAAGAAUUCUUUGAGAGAAUUUAAUAACAGAUCUAAAUAAUCAUUGCAUUAAUUCUAUGAUCUUUUCCCUCGGUGAUGUAUUGUUGUUGGUCACUCUUGUGAUCUGAAGGGCUAACAAAGCCUUCACAUUAUAAACGACUUAUGAAAGUAACUCGGGUACUCUAGAUCUGCCAAGCAGCGAAUGGAAUCCACGAUUCAUUUUUACACAGCCAAGAAACAGUGCGUUAAACAUGUAAAUAUAUUGUAGUCUUUUUUUUAGAAAAAUUUAUAUUAUGUACAUACAAAUUCAGUCAGAAAAGAAGUUAAUUUUUAUAUGAGAAAAUAAUUAAUGCUUCGAAACUGACUGCCCUUGAUGCUGAUCAUCAAAAUGUAAGCGACCAAUGUGAUUGUGUUUCACCCUUCCCUCCUAAAACUGUC